UUACAUUUUUUGAUUGAUGUCCUUAUGCUAUGUAGCAAGUUUGAGCUGAUUUGGGCAAAAAUUUCACUCCUACCACUCACAUCGGUCUUCCUAUCAUCACUGGUAACCAUAGCAACAUAUUGACUGUCAUUGUGUUUAUAGGUCACCUGAUAAAGAUAGGAGGAGACACUCAUGAUCAAGAAGUCGUUCAAGAUCUCAUUCACCAAGAAGAAAUUAUCGUCAAGACGUAAGGAUAGAGUGAGGGAUUAUUCCUACAGUCCUAGUCCAGAGAGGAGGAGGAGUAGUAAGAAAUCUAAAAAAGACAAGAAACACAAGAGAAGGUCUCCCUCUGUCUCUCCCUCAGUCUCUCCUCCUCCACGUAAAAGAGGUGGUUCUGAUAAAGGUGAAGGAGAGGAGGAGGAGAUGGAGGAAGAGGAGAGUUCUCUGAUGGAAGUGCUCCUUCUGAGGAGGAGAGACAAUCAAGUCCUUCAGCAUCAGAAUAAAACCAUUCAUAUUUAUAGCAAUUGUUGUUGAGCAAAAAAAGUACAAAAAUGUAAAA